ACAAUAAAUUCAAGCACCGAACACAACUAAUAAUGAUAAACGUUAAUAAGCCCCUUGAAUGUAACGAUUUUUUUAAAAAAAGUGUCAAUAUCUAUUCGCUUAAGUGUGUUUCUGUAGAGCGAAUAUAGAUUAAUCAGAACACCGAACAUAUCCAUAUAGUCAAAAAAGGAAAAAAAAUUAAACCCCCCCACCCAUUUUCACCCUAGCCACAAAGUAUUUAUAUUCCCUUUGGCUGUUGAGCUUCAGUUCCAACUCUUUGAUAUUUUUUUGAUGGCUAAUUCUAUCAUUCUUCUUGUAGAAAAAUGGUCAUGUUUGUUUUCAAGAAUUCAUGAGUUGAGUUCUUUUAGAGAUGAUCCAAUUGUUUGUUUGGCUCAUAAAACUUGAAUUUGAAGAUUCAUAUAUACAGUGGACAAGUCUGAAUGUCGGACAGAAGUUAGUGUGUCGAGUUGAGGAGAAAUUCAAAGCAAACUAUCAAGAGCAUCCACAAGCAUAGAAAAUCUUUGAGAGUGAUGAAAGAGCAAAGAGUUGAUGAAACGGAGGAUCAAAUAUCCAAAUUACCGGACCCAAUUUCGCAUCAUUUUAUGGGUCUACUCCUUGCGAAAGAUGCUGCACAAAUAAGUACUUUGUCCAAGACAUUGUAUGCUGCUUGGAGUUCCCUCCCCUACUUAAACUUUGGCGAUAGAUUCUUCUAUCGUGAAGUGCAUGGCCGCUGGAUACUUUCAGAAAAAAUACAAGAGCUUGUGCAUAUUGUUGAUCAAACUCUAGCCAAUCGGAAGAAGCACAAAAUUUCUGUCCAAAAGUUCUGGCUAAAAGUACCAUCCAGUUACCGGAUGAGCUCAUCUUAUGUUCGUAAUUGGAUUAAAAUCCUGGUGACAAGUAAUAUCAAGGAGUUGAUUUUAAAAGUAGGUGAGUCAGAUAGUAGUUUCGAUAGCUUGCCUGAAGAACUCUUUGUUGUUGAGGGAUUAAAUGUUCUUAAUUUACGCGGAUUUAAGCUUGGAUUGCCUCCUGAUCAUGGUAUAAAGUUUUCAUCUUUGAGAAAGUUAAGACUCACUGAUACAUAUUUGGAUGAGCAACUCAUUCAAGCUUUAUGUGCAAGCUGCGUUUGUUUAGAGAAGUUAAGGUUAUCCUGUUGUCGCGGACUAGCCAGCUUACGAAUUGCGGCAAGUUUGCAAAAACUGAAGACGGUUUGGCUACGUUGUCUUCCUGAACUCCAGAUAGUUGAUAUUGCCGCACCAAAUGUUGAAAAUCUCUACAUUGAAAGUCAACUAUGGAAUCUACAAGUAGUUAAAAUAACUUGUUGCAAAUCCUUGCAAACUUUAUACAUCGUUGAUGUGGAUGUCACUGACGGAUGGCUAGAAGAUCUUCUUGUCAAUCAACCCAAUCUUGAGUGCUUGUCCUUAUCAGGUUGUUUAAAGUUGCAGAAAAUCAAGAUCUCAAGUGACCGGCUGAAGUAUCUUGCAUUAUCGUGGUGCUUAGAAUUGAUUAAUGUUGUACUGGAAACUCCUACUUUAACACGCUUCAGAUAUAAGUGUGAUGAAAAUUUGCCAACCCUCAAGCUUAUGAAAUCUUCGGUUUUUCUAGUACUUAAACUCGAAUUCUCCCUGACAAAUAUACUUGAUAGUCAUUGGUAUUCUAUGCUCAUGAAAUUUCUCGGAAACUUCAAGCAGUCAAAGGCUAUUAAGUUAGAUUGCUGCGACAGGGAUGGGAUAGUGAUACCAAAAGACACGAGAGAAAACAUGGUUCCUCCACUCUAUGUUGCUAAUGCUACCUGGUACAUUAAAUUUAAUACUUUCGGGGAUUGCUCACUCGUGGACAUUCUUGAUAGUUUGCUUUGGAUUUCUCCUCAACUCGACACCCUGAUUCUUGUUCAGGAGUCGAACUUAAAUACUACCUUGAAGUUUAUAGAUGAAGAUGCAUCAGCUGAAGGUGAGAAAUUUCUUUGGAGACAUAAGUUAAAGAAAGUAAGAAUGGCAAACUUUACAUGUAUGGAGCAACAAGAGUUGAGAAAUUAUCUUUUCACAAAUGAAGAUUAUAUCGGAGAAGAGGCGUCCAUUGUCUAACAGUUAAGACAGAAGUUUCUAAAACUUUGGUUCUCUAAACUCAUGGAGUGGGAUUGUGAUUACUGUAGAAGAAAAGAGUUGCAUUUACUCGUAGACAAUGAUGAAGAGGCAAUAGCAGAUGUCAAGAAGUUGUUGAUGGUUUCAUUGAUAUUUGGUGCAUUCAAGGAAGUCUAGGAUGAAGAAAGUCAUGCUAAUGUUUGAGAUUCUAUUGAAGUCUCAAUACAUCCCAACUCUUUUCGCUUUAUCUUUUUUGUGUGGUUGAACCAUGUUUGUCACUUAUUCUUUUUGUCAUGCUAUGUUGCUCGGGAUCACCUAGAUGUUGCCCCACCCGUAUCUGAUCCUGCAGCAGUGCACUAUAUUUGGAUGGUCCAUGCUACAUAGUAUGUUCUCCGCAUUAUGUUUCUUAAAA